AGAUAGGGUGGAUCUCUAUGAUUUGUUUAUUCCUGAGGUGGUCUUAUCAUGGCUGAAAAUGACAUAGAAAGAAUCCAGACUGAGAAACUCCUAAAAAGAGUGCAAGAACUGGAGCAGGAGGUACAGAGACUUAAAAAAGAACAGGCCAACAACAAGGACUCAAACGUUAGAGAAAAUUCUUCAGGAGCUGUAAAAGCUAAGCGUGCAUUUGAUUUCAGCGCUCACGGUCGAAGACACGUAGCCCUAAAGAUAGCCUAUCUGGGCUGGGGAUAUCAGGGCUUUGCCAGUCAGGAAAACACAAACAAUACAAUAGAAGAGAAACUGUUUGAGGCUCUAACCAAGACUCGACUAGUAGAAAACAGACAGACAUCCAACUAUCACCGGUGUGGGCGAACAGACAAAGGAGUUAGUGCCUUUGGACAGGUGAUUUCUCUUGACCUACGUUCUCACUUUCCAAAGGGCAGGGAUUCAGAGGAUUUUAAUUUAAAAGAUGAAGUCAACGAUGCGGCUAUAGAGAUCCGUUAUACCCACAUUCUCAAUCGGGUGCUCCCUCCAGACAUCCGUGUACUGGCCUGGGCUCCUGUAGAACCUAGCUUCAGUGCUAGGUUCAGCUGUCUUGAGAGGACCUACCGCUAUUUCUUCCCUUGUGCUGACUUAGACAUUGUAACCAUGAACAAUGCAGCUCAGAAGUACGUUGGCACACAUGAUUUUAGGAACUUAUGUAAAAUGGAUGUAGCCAACGGGGUGACUAACUUUCAGAGGACUAUUCUGUCUGCUCAAGUGCAGCUAGUAGGCCAGAGCCUGGCUGAGGAGGGAUGGCAAGAACCCUUUCAGUUAUGUCAGUUUGAAGUGAUUGGCCAGGCAUUCCUUUACCAUCAAGUCCGCUGUAUGAUGGCUAUCCUUUUUCUGAUUGGCCAAGGAAUGGAGAAGCCAGAGGUUAUUGAUGAGCUGCUGAACAUAGAGAAAAAUCCCCAGAAGCCUCAGUACAGUAUGGCUGUAGAAUUUCCUUUAGUCUUGUAUGAUUGUAAGUUUGAAAAUAUUAAAUGGAUCUAUGACCGGGAAGUUCAGGAGUUCAAUGUUACCCACCUUCAGCAACUAUGGGCUAAUCAUGCUGUUAAAACUCAGAUGUUGUAUAGUAUGCUACAAGGACUGGACUCUGUUGCGGUACCCUGUAGGACAGGACCAAAGAUGGAUGGAGUGAUAGAAUGGAGAAAUGUUAAGCCCUCUAUCAUAAAGCAGACCAGUGCCUUUGUAGAAGGAGUGAAAAUGCGCACUUAUAAGCCCCUAAUGGAUCGUCCUAAAUGCCAAGGAUUAGAAUCCCGGAUCCAGCAUUUUGUACGUAGGGGACGCAUUGAGCACCCACAUUUAUUCCAUGACGAAGAAACAAAAGCCAAAAGGGACUGUAAUGACACACUAGAAGAAAAUACUAUUUUGGAGAAACCAACAAAGAGAGUUUGUGUUGAUACAGAAAUUAAAAGCAUCAUUUAACCAUAGAGAACUCACCAAGAUCUAGGAGGCAACAAAACACCAUUAGGCUAAAGAAGUUCUUGCUUGAAUAAGAAAGAAUUUAAACAUUCUUUCAUUCCUGUCCAAGAGAAUUAGAGAUGGAAGAAGCAAAAAGUAAUUCUAAAAUGGACAUAUAUUUACAUACACCUGGAAACCUGUGCCUUGUAUUCAAAUUCAUUAAAGCCAGAUCCUGCAAGU